AUGGUGAAGUUAGCAAUGACCAUUUCUGAGAAUCUGGACUUUGCUAUAGAUCAUGUCUUCUACUGGACUGAUAGUAUGACUGUGCUGAAAUACAUAGCCAACACAAGUGCGCGAUUUCAUACCUUUGUCGCCAAUCGUCUAACAGUAAUCCGUGAAGCUACCAAAUUGAAUCAGUGGUACUAUGUUGGUUCUAAAGAAAAUCCUGCGGAUUGUGCUUCUCGAGGAAUAGGAAGAAUCGACAAGUUCUUGAGUCACACCCUGUGGUUUAAUGGUCCGGAAUUUUUAUGGAGGGAUCAACAUGAAUGGCCAAAACAAGAUCUGCAUGAUGUCAAGGAACAGAAACUCACAAAUGACCCAGAAGUGAAAGUAGAAGUUACUUUGGCUGUGUCAACACUGAAAACUGAAUCCAGUAUACAUGUAGAUGGAAUUAAAAAUUUGCUGGAUCAUUUCUCUGACUGGAAUAAGGUGAAGAAAAUUACAGCCUGGAUUUUACAUGCUAAGUACAAUUUACGAAAUCUUGUGAAGGCAACACAAACACUCAGAGAAAGUAUGAGAAUUGGAAGUGAAUCAGAAGAGAAGAUCGAAAAUCAAGUAAAGGAAGCGAGGAAGAAAAGAUUGUUAGGAGAAAAGAUUAUCUCAGUACUUACUCCUGAAGAUAUCAAACGUGCAGAAGAAACCCUAAUUAUAUUUGUGCAAAGACAAACAUUCUCAGAAGAGAUUUAUGAUCUUCAUAUUGGAGAAGAGAAAUGUGUGAAAAAAUCGUCUAAAUUGGCCAAUUUGACAAUGGACUUUUAA